UCAGAUAUCAUUAAAAUGAUUCAGAAUAUGAGUUUAUGGUUGUUUAUUCUCUGUUUUUAUCUUGUUAACACCGGGUUUAAAGCAGAAACGCAAGAUGAAUUCGACAAGAGAGAGCCUUACAUUGUGUACAUGGGAGAUGCAGCUGAGAAGUAUAAUGUUGAAGCCUCCGAAAACCAUCAUAAUCUUCUAUCAAAAGUGAUCGGAGAUGAGAGCAAAGCAAGAGAAGUUAGAAUGUAUAGUUAUGGGAAGAACAUUGAUGGAUUUGUGGCAAGACUUCUUCCUAAUGAAGUAGAGAUGCUAUCACGUGAAGAAGGAGUUAUAUCGGUGUUUAAGAACACUCAAAGGCAGCUUCACACGACAAGAUCAUGGGAUUUUCUUGGAUUUGUUGAGUCUAAAUACAGAAGAAGUGAAGCGAUCGAAAGUAACAUCAUUGUGGGAGUUCUUGAUACAGGAAUCUAUAUUGAUUCACCAAGCUUUGAUGACAAAGGCUUUGGUCCUCCACCAGCUAAAUGGAAAGGAAAAUGUGUAACUGGAAACAACUUGACUCGUUGCAAUAACAAAGUGAUAGGGGCAAGGUACUAUCACCUGAAACGACCGAAUUAUAACGAUACGGCUGCAGAUUACGAUGGUCAUGGAACACACAUAACUUCCACAAUCGCUGGUGUUGCCGUCUCUAACGCUAACCUAUUCGGUAUUGCAAACGGAACAGCACGAGGCGGUGUUCCCUCUGCUCGUAUAGCCACUUAUAAGGUUUGCUGGGAGGAAGGAUGUUCGGACAUGGACAUGUUGGCGGCCUUCGACGAGGCGAUCUCUGAUGGAGUCGAUAUGAUAUCGAUCUCCAUCGGAGGAGCCUCGCUUCCCUUUUUCGAAGACCCUAUUGCUAUUGGAUCGUUUCACGCGAUGAAAAGAGGGAUUCUGACAACUUGUUCCGCAGGUAACAAUGGUCCUGGUCUCUAUACGGUUUCAAACCUAGCGCCGUGGGUGAUGACCGUCGCGGCUAACUCGGUUGACCGUAAGUUUGAAACUGUUGUCAAACUCGGCAAUGGAGACACAGCAACGGGGAUUUCUGUAAACGGAUUCAAUCCGAAGAAGAAGAUGUAUCCUUUAACGAGCGGUUUCCUUGCGUCUAACGUAACUGCAGGAGACUAUGGAGAACCAAGUGCUUGUGAACCUGGGACAAUGGGGGAAGAUAAAGUGAUGGGGAAGGUAGUUUACUGUGAAGUAGGGCGUGAAGAAGCAGGAGGAAGCAGUGAAGGUCAAGACCAUAUUAUUAAAUCCUUAAAAGGAGCUGGCGUGAUCGUUCAACUUCUUGAACCAACUGAUAUGGCUACUUCAACUCUCAUUCCUGGUUCUUAUGUAUUAUACGAAGUGGGAACUAAGAUCUCUGACUACAUCAACUCCACCAAAAAUCCUCAGGCCGUUAUCUUGAAGACUCGAACAACCAAAAUGGUAGCUCCUUCGAUUGCUUCUUUUUCAGCAAGAGGACCUCAAAGAAUCAGCCCUAACAUUCUCAAGCCUGACAUAUCAGCGCCAGGACUAAACAUUCUCGCUGCAUACUCGAAGCUAGCAACGGUAACGGUUCAUGCAGAAGACACACUAUUCUCCAUAAUGUCAGGAACAUCAAUGGCUUGUCCUCACGCAGCAGCUGCAGCAGCUUAUGUCAAAUCAUUCCAUCCUGAUUGGUCUCCAGCCGCAAUCAAAUCUGCCCUAAUGACAACAGCUACUCCAAUGAGAACUAAAGACAUCGAAGCAGAGCUAAGUUACGGGUCGGGUCAAAUAAACCCGAGAAGAGCGAUACACCCGGGUCUAGUCUACGACAUUACCGAGACCUCUUACUUAAGUUUUCUAUGUAAAGAAGGAUAUAACAGCACAAGCAUUGGACUUUUACUUGGUGGUAGCAACGAGACUAAGAAGGAAUACAGAUGCGUGGAUCACAAGCAAGGGCUAGGUUCUGACGGGUUAAAUUAUCCGUCGAUGCAUAAGCAAGUGGGUUCCAAGGGAACGAAUGUGUCGGAGACUUUUUAUAGGACGGUGAGGAGUGUGGGAUACGGACCGUCGACCUACGUGGCUAGGGUUUGGGCACCGAAGGGAGUGAGAGUUGUAGUGGAGCCUAGGGUUAUGAGUUUCGUUAAGCCUGGAGAGGAGAAGCACUUUAAGGUUGUGAUUGAUGGAGUUAUGGAAGAGGCCAUGAGAGGUAUUUUGUCGGCUUCAGUGGAAUGGGAUGAUUCAAGAGGGCAUCUUGUGAGGAGUCCAAUCUUGUUGUUUCAAGCGGGCAAAAUGUAGAAGAAUAAAAAAUAGAGAAAGGGGAUUUUAGAUCAUUGUUUUUGUUUGUUUGUUUGUUUUUAGUGUUUCGAUCUUGUUUUAAGAAAAGUUAAUGUUGUUAAGCAAAUGAAAUUUCAAAUAGGAAAUAAAAUUAGUGCGAGUACGACGUGUGAAUCUUAUAUACACAAAAUAUAUAAUUUAGGCCUCUAAAAUAAAACUGAGUACCAAAAUAUCAAAUAUUGUUUACUAAUAAUCGCUAUCGGACCGGCGUUUACGUAUAAGAACUUCACGGGAUUGAACAAAAUGGUCUCUAUACAUUUUGUCUUGCUUUAAUUUUCCUACAUUGAACCAGUAAUUUUGUGAAAUGCUAAUGGACAGUUAUUAGCACUUCUUAGAACUUCUUAGGAUCGAUUAAGCUCUCAAAAUUUCUCACGUCAUCGAAAUUGUUUCAAACAGAUGCAAAGCAAGUCCACAAUAGUUAGCUAGUGUACUCGAUAAGUAUAAAAAUACACUUAAAACCAAGAAAAUGAAUUGGUCUAUAGUACGUUUCAUAUUAUUUUCCUUCCUUGAUACCCAAAACCCCUCCAAGUAACAUAGACUCAAACUAGUCUUCUUUAAUUAAAAAAACACACACACAAGUUUUUUCUUGCAAGAAAACAAAACGCUUAUCCAAUGAUAUUACCAUUACUGCACAUGACAAUUUCACAUAAUAUAAAACUUUAGAUCGAUAUCCAAAGUAACUGGUGUGGUCCAUUAUUGUCAAAUUCAAAACUCCAACUUAUUUUGAAUCAUCAAUGUCAAGCAGGUGGAUCUUCAACCAACCGUAUUAUUAACUAGAUUAACCGAUAACAAAAAAAUUAGGAUUAAAGAAAUUUAAAGAAUUUCAUUAAUUCGUCUUAAGAAACAAAUAAUGCAAAUGUAAUUGUUCAGGAAUUAAAUAUCCGUAGUUUUUUUUUGCCUUCCAGUCAAUAAGAGAGAAGACGUCUUUUUAACUCUUCCUAUCUAAAAUUUAUAUACUCAAUUAAUUAGUAAAAGGGUACCUUUAAUCAAUUAUAUAUAUAGUUCUCACUUCUCAUAUUUACACACUAGAAUACUACAUAAUCUUUCUGAAAAAGACAUCUCCACUAUUAUUUUCCUCUUUCUUCUUUGACACAUCUGUUAAUGUUAACCUUUUUCUGAAUAAAAAUUAGUAUCGACAUCUAGAAAAGCGUCAUUUCAUUAAAGUGUAUUGCAAUGAUAAUCUUCUUAAUCUAGUAAUUAUAACAGCUUUACUUUGGUAAGCGACUGAAAUUUGCGGUGGAUGUUAGGACUUUGAUUUCUUUUUAAGUAUAGAAGUUUCGUCUUAAUAAGAUCCAUAAUCUUCACUGCAGGAACUAAAUCAAGUUAAUUAGUUAUUUUCAAAAACGCAAGUUUUCGAACUUGGAACAUUACCAGUUCUUUUAGAUGGCUAAAUGCAGGUUGGCUGAGUUACCGACACUACACUAGUUCUGUAUGAUACUUUAUCGUACGUGGAUAAAUCUAAUAUACGUAUCCUUAAACAUAUAAUCCAACCUAUAACUUAGAAAUCAUGAUUAAUGACUCUACCGGAGGCUGGAGCAUAUUACAACCUUAACAAAACUGCAUUCACAAUCUACAAAAAUCAUAAAUUCACUUUUGAAUCUUAAUUAAAACGUGAAAACUUUAAAUAUCUUAAGUUCUUAACUAUCCACUCACAGACUACACAAAGGUUAAUUUUACAUUCAGUAGCGAAAUUGUGACAAAUUACAAGCAUGACUAUGUGAAGACAAAAAAUAAUACAAUCGAUCUUAGAAUAGUGUUAAAAUGCAUAUAUUAUAGAAUAUUGAUAUGUGGCAUACGCAUAAAAAUACACUUCUCAACUGUUGAUAUGUGAUUGUAAACUGGUAACUAUACCAUAUAAUAUUAAUUACAGUGAUGCUGAUUGCAGAAUAACCAUUGCGGAUAUUAAUAUUAGAGAUUACCCCGUAAAUGGGGUGAAGGUAAAUCAUUCAAGCAUGAUUAUUACAUGUAGUCAUAAUGUUCUGGAUUAUUAAUUAUUCAUUGGUUUGGCAUAAGUUAUCAAUAACCAUGUAUUACUACGUUUUGUAAAUAUUUCUGUUCGAAUUUUUAACGGCGCAAAAAAAAUGAUUUCUAAACUAUUUUCGAGACGGAGUGAUUGGAGACACAAUGCUGGUUUUGUAUGUUAUGCGGUCUCUACAACGAAAUAAUUGACCAUUUGUUAGUCUACAGCAUUUUUCUCGAGAAGUCGAGAGGUUUGACUUUAGGCAAAGUGAUGUUCCUGGGUUGUCUUACACCAAAAAAAGGAAAAAAGAACAAUUAAACCUAAUUUUGAUCACAGUGUAUUCAUCUUUUCUUAAUGAAAGCUGCUUAACCAAAAUGGAUAUACUGUAGAGCUAAUAAGAGCAUGUUUAUUGAUGUAUCUUAACAGCAUCUCUUAGAUUAAAUGUGAUUAAAAUAAUUAAACCAAAAGGGAAAAAGAGAAAACACGUCCCUUAAUUAAGAGCAUUAAGACACGGUCGCUUAGGGGCACGUGUCACGCGUAAAUUGGGCAGAGGAGAGGUGGAGACCGUGUUCCGUCUCAUUUCUCGCGUCUGUUUCUCUUUCUCUCCGUCAGGCACCAGUGGCCGGUGAUCUCGACGCUCGUGCCUCUCCCGUCGAUGGUUUUGUAGCUUCCGACGAUGAGCUCGUGUUUGAGCGUGAUCCCCAUGUCGCCGGAGAAGAUGAUCCAGAGAGACUUGAAGCCAGGCGAAUUCAGGAAGGUGGACGCUUCACAUCGCCUUUGACGCCUCAACCCCUUCACAUCGCCUUUGACGCCUCAACCCCUUCACGCCUCAACGCUUUCUGCAUAAUUAAGGUAAGAUUCUUAUUCAAGCUGCACAAAUAAAAGAUACAUGCUAAGGCCAAGAAGGGAAUGGGACUCCAAGUUAAGACACUACCAAUAAACCAUUAAAAUUAAAGGUCUCUUAACCAAAACCCUUCACUUCACUUUAAUACUUAAAAAAUCACUAAGGUCUCCUAAGUGGGUUUUACCAAUAAACAUGCUAAGAUGUAGUGUCGUAGCAACACGACAAAUAGUGAUAGCAUAGCGAUUAGAAUAUGAAAUUGUAGUAAAACUGUACUAUCCCCGGAGAUUAUUUGAAAUAUAAAAGUAGAUUUUGUUUCCUUAUAAAACCACAUAAAGUUUUAAAUAUAUAUAGCAUAGGAUAUUUCUUUUUGCAAUUUCCUUAAUUCAUCUCUUUGUCGUUUAUUUAAUGCCGCUAUAAAUCUGGUGACAACAAAAUGGUAAAAUUCAGACAUCAAUCAAAAUCCUUUUUUAUCAUUAAUCAUCAAAUAAUGUAUAAUAUGAAAGUUUUUGAAUUAUAAAAAAAGUACUAGUGACAAAGAGUAAUGCUUUUAUAAAGAAGAUUAUAUAUAGUGUAUAUUCUAUGGACAAAUCUUCACAAGAUCUAUAAAAGGAAAAUAUUUCAAAAAAGACAAUGAGAAAGAGGGGUAUGCUUUUCACAAAAAUGAUACAUGCUAUAAAUUAAAAUUUAAAAAGAUAUAUUUCUUUCUUCUAUAUUUUGGACAACCCUUAUAUUAUUUCAACGUUUCUUUUGAAUCAGCACAAAGCCCCUUUCUUAUGGAAUCAGGUUUCUUGUCAUAUAGAGCUUCUCCACCUAAUUCUUGAAUUGGAUGUUAAUGACAGACCCUGUUUAAUCUUUUGUCAUAUAUACAUUAGAAACUUAUUUGAAAGAAAAAAAAAAUCACAUAUAAGUAUUCCAGAAAUAAAAAAGAGAUAG